AGAGAAGAAUACAUUACAUAGCAGAGAGUGAGUGAGAAGAAAGAAAAGAAAAAGCAAAAUGGCCAUCUCAGUACCCAGUAGGCAACUAUUCAUUGAUGGAGAGUGGAAAGUCCCCGUCCACAACAACCGGAUUCCGAUCAUCAAUCCCGCGACCGAAGACAUCAUAGGCGAUAUCCCUGCCGGUACCAAGGAAGAUAUUGACCUUGCUGUCGAUGCUGCUAAAAGAGCCUUGUCCCGGAACAAAGGCAGAGAUUGGUCAUCAGCUUCUGGUUCUGUUCGUGCUCGUUAUCUUCGAGCCAUCGCUUCAAAGAUAACGGAGAAAAAGGAUGAACUGGGAAAGCUUGAAGCAAUCGAUAGCGGAAAACCACUAGAGGAAGCACUGGCAGACCUGGAUGAUGUUAUUGCUUGUUUUAACUACUAUGCUGAGCUUGCAGAAGGGUUGGAUGCAAAGCAAAAGGCUCCUGUAUCCCUCCCUAUGGAAACUUUCAAGAGUUAUAUUCUCAAGGAGCCCAUUGGGGUUGUUGCAUUAAUUACUCCAUGGAACUAUCCUCUCUUAAUGGCUACAUGGAAAGUUGCUCCUGCUCUGGCUGCUGGUUGUGCUGCAAUAUUGAAGCCAUCUGAAUUGGCAUCUGUGACAUGUUUGGAGCUGGCUGAAAUAUGCAGAGAAGUGAACCUUCCUCCAGGGGUAUUAAAUGUUGUUACUGGAUUAGGAAAUGAUGCUGGUGCUCCUUUGGCAUCUCAUCCUGAUGUAGACAAGGUUGCCUUUACUGGAAGCUCUUUAACUGGGAGCAAGAUUAUGUCAGCUGCAGCACAGCUGACCAAGCCUGUUUCUCUAGAGCUUGGUGGAAAAAGCCCAAUCAUUGUUUUUGAGGAUGUUGACCUUGACAAGACUGCUGAAUGGACAAUCUUUGGCUGCUUCUUUACAAAUGGUCAGAUUUGCAGUGCAACAUCUCGACUUAUCGUGCAUGAAAGUAUAGCAACAGAAUUUGUGGAUAAACUUGUGAAAUGGGCCAAAAACAUCAAAAUUUCAGAUCCCUUGGAAGAAGGCUGCAGGCUAGGCCCUAUUGUUAGUGAAGGACAGUACAAAAAGGUAUUGAAUUUCAUUUCAACUGCUAAGAGUGAAGGUGCAACAAUUUUGACAGGAGGGUCUCGUCCAAAGCAUUUGAAAAGGGGAUACUUUGUUGAACCAACCAUCAUCAGUGAUGUGACUACCUCAAUGCAAAUUUGGAGAGAAGAAGUUUUUGGACCUGUACUCUCUGUGAAAACAUUCAGUACCGAGGAAGAAGCUAUUGAACUAGCAAAUGACACCCAAUACGGCUUAGGGUCUGCCGUAAUGUCAAAAGAUCUAGAAAGAUGUGAGCGUAUAUCUCAGGCUAUUAAAGCUGGAAUUGUAUGGAUAAAUUGUGCUCAACCAAGCUUCAUUCAAGCCCCAUGGGGAGGCAUAAAACGAAGUGGCUUUGGUCGUGAAUUAGGAGAAUGGGGUCUAGAGAACUAUUUAAGUGUGAAGCAAGUGACCAAGUACAUAUCUGAUGAACAGUGGGGCUGGUAUCAGUCUCCUUCAAAGCUCUGAAGUAAUUGGAGUUCUAAAAGCUGUCAUGAAAUAAGGCCUGGGCGACACACAUAUGUGAUGAUGAUUUAUUUAGAAAGCAUUGUAAUGUGUAAAAUAAAAUUGUUUCAUGGCUCUGUCAGUGAUGGGUUGUGUUGAUGAUCUAAUUGGUUUUGAAGUUUCACCUAAGUAAUCUAUAUUUAUCUUUAAUGCAAA